CAAGUCAUCCUCCAAAACCUUGCCUCUUUUUUACCCACUUCAUCAGCUUACCACCUUCUUAUUUUUUCCCCUUCUUCUCUUUAUGUAACUAUUUCUUCUUAUCAGCCUCCUUUCCUGUUUCCUGAAUUAACACUCUCUCGCCUUUUUCUACCAUCCCGCCCUGUCACUUUUAUCUUAUACGCCCUUUUUCAUCACUUCUAUUUUUCUUUCUUAUAUCUCAGUUUAACUUGUCUAUCUUCUAAUUUCCCGUGUAUAUCUUGUCCUCUUUCCUGUGUCCCUGUCCUAUCUCAUUUUCAUCUCCUUUUAAGACCCUUCACACUUUCCCUUUUGUCCUCUGCAUUUUGUUUCCUGUAUUCUUCUUCUAACCUUAUACUCCUUUUCUACUUAUUUUUCUAUCUCUUCUAUGCUCUCCUUAGCCUCUUCCCCAUUUACCACUCCUACACCUUCCUCCUGCCCUUACCUUUGCUCAUUUUCUAACUACUUGUUUCCAUUUAUGCCCCGUCUUUCUCUCCAUUGCCUCUCCUUCCUUGUUCCCUGACACUUCUUCAUUCUCCCUUCCUCUUUCCAUCACCUCUUCCUCUCCCUUCAUUGCCCCUUUUUUGUUUCCUCCUCUUUUUCUCUGUCUUGUGUUUAUGUUUUCAGUUCCUGAAAGUCAAGUCAGCAUGCGCCACUCCUCCUCCUCCUGCUCUCGUAAGCUAACUCAUUCUCAGCCCUCCCCAUUCCCCCGUGCCCUCCUCUCUCUCACACUCUGUGUAUAUCCCAUUCGGCCACUUUCCGCAUUAACUCCUAGUCGUCACUUUCAUUCAGCUCAGAGCUGAUAUGCGGCUUUUUCUCUGACCAAAGUCUGGAUACAAGGAGGCUCAGAAAUCUGGAGGACCACCUGUUGCAUUUUGAUUGAAAGACACCCCAAUACAGGGGGAUCACACGUGGGCCAACAUGUUGGGACAGAGCGUGCGGUUACAGCCAGUUCCCAUCCAGAGCCUAUCAGAGCUGGAGCGAGCCAGGUUACAGGAAGUCGCUUUGUACCACCUGGAGGAGAGGGACCUGGACUUCAAGAUCAGCAUCCCUAAAGAAACUCACAAGCGAAGAAAAUCUCUGCGCAGGAAGUUUGACUCCUUUUCAAAGGAAAAGAAAGAGCGAGAAUCUGCUCCCAAGGCCUUUGGUAUCCCGCUCUCCCAGGUCAUCGCCAACGACCGGGCCUACAAGCGGCGGCAGGAUGCUCUGAAGGAGAGCAGGCGUGACUGCCUCGACCUGGAGGCCAGCGUCCUGCGAUUCAGAGCGGAGAAGCGACAGUUCUUCAAUGGGAGCAAACCUCUGGUCAGCUCCUCGUCCAUCACAGGAGGAGGUCUGGGCUCGCCGUCUGCUAACUCUGUGGCACCGGCGCCAAUUUCGGACCCUCAGAACAAUUCGCUGUCGACCACGUUUAUGGAUAACACCGGAAGAGGACAGAGAAGGGGUGGUCUAUCAGUGGACUCGAUCUCUGACCUUGUAGAGAGCCAGUCUCGCCUGCUGGAGGCGCUGCAGCUUUCCCACCCGGCUGAACUGGAAUUGAUCAAGUCGCCGGGUGGCAGCUCGUCGGAGGGGAGGACCCAAACCAAGCUCAGCCUCAACCCCAUCUACAGACAGGUGCCUCGGGUGCUGGAGAGGUGCUGCAGUCACAUCGAGACCUAUGGCCUUCAGACCGUGGGUAUCUUCCGAGUCGGCAGCUCCAAGAAGAGAGUGAGACAGCUACGGGAGGACUUUGACGUGGGCGUGGACGUCCAGCUGGAUGAGGAACACAGCGUCCACGAUGUGGCAGCACUGCUCAAAGAGUUUCUGAGGGACAUGCCGGAUCCUCUGCUGCCCAGAGAGCUCUACCCCGCCUUCCUGCAUGCCAAUUUGCUGAGAGGAGCAGACCAGCUGCAGUACCUCCAGCACCUCCUCUACCUGCUGCCUCCCUGUAACUGCGACACGCUGCUGCGCCUCCUCGCCUUGUUACACACUGUGCAGAGCUUCGCGCAGGACAGCAUAGGAACCAACGACGAGGAGAUCCCCGGAAACAAGAUGACGGCCGCUAACCUGGCCGUGAUCUUCGGGCCGAACCUGCUUCAGAAGGAGCGCGGGGGAGAUGUGAGCCCGCAGGCGAUGGGCAUCGAGGACAGCACGGCGAUCAUCAGCGUCACUCUGAUGCUCAUACAGAACCACAGGAGACUCUUCACGGUUUCUGCAGAGCUGCAGCAGGAGGUCCUGAUGAGUCUGAUCCAGACCGACCCGGACAUCAUUGACUACCUGCUGCGUAGGAAACUCAGCGGCAGUCACCUGACAGAGGAGAGCGGCAGUGAGUCCACCGGUCGUCGGGACACGGGGGCAUCUCUGGACUCAGUGGGAGCCUCCAGCGGCAGCCUGUCCCCUCUGGAGCCCCCAUCACCGCUUUUCCCCCCGGAUGGGAGCGGCGGUGAUGGCAGCCUGACCAGCGAGGUCUUCCUGAACGUCCUCAAACUGAACCAGAACAGGAAGCGGCAGGACACCAGAUACGGUGAGGUCCCUCCUGGUAAAUCCAUCCGCCACAUGCGUCAGUUCCACUCCCAUCACAACCUGCUCAGCCUAUCCCAGUCCUCCUUCUCUUCCUCGUCCUUGUCCUCGUCCUCCACCCCCAGGCUCCACACUCAGGACUCGGAUGCCCAGGACCGUCGAGGCCCGGGUCUGAGCUCCGCGCUGAGCUUCUCUCUGAGCUCGAGUCUGAGCGGCUCGACCGAGAACAGCAUCUGGGUGAGGCAGACGCCGCAGGAGGAGAGCAAGCCAUCGCCGACCGCUAAUUUCUGGGACUUCUUCACUGGGAAAGGGUCGGGCUCAGAGACGAUGGUAUGAUGAAGGGCGAGGAGAGGAGAGAAACAACCGGUCAAGUUCCAGAUUCACUUAAAGAGAUGCUUACUGGUGUAAAUAAAACAGGUCUCUCCCUGACAUUCCCACUUGACCUCAUAACCGUCCUGCUGUGGGUUUUCCAAGCUGGAAGUUGGAAUUUCCCACGUUUUUUGGCCCCUCUUGAACUCAGCAUGGGUAUGAAUGAAAACUAGAAGAAAUGAAGGACACAAACUUCUCAGACACAAACAAACGAAGGAAGAAUAAAUCAAUGAGAUUACCUGAAGGUGGAUCAAAUGAUAAAACCAUGUACAGGAUGGAUUCAUAUUUUAAACCCUGUUUCUACCAACUACAACAGCAUCUUCUGACACUCUGUGUACAGAAAUCAUACCAGGCAUACUCCGUUUGUUUGUUUUUUCCUGCAACCUGCACUAAGCUGCUUUUGCAAAUGUGAAUCAGCUGCUUAAUAUUCAGUGAUGAUCUCAAACACCCGACAGCAUUCAAGCCAUGACGAAAACCUACAUUUUAGAACCGCAAAGUGUGUUUCCCCAACUGGCACUGCAGGUCAAAAAGCUCAGUGUGAUUGCAUCUGCAGUAAAUUUGGUUAAAACUUUGAUUAUCAUACCUGAAUAUGUAAUUAGGAUGUUUGACAUUGAUUCUGUGCCCCUGAAAAUGGUUAAAUAGCUAAAAAAUGUACAUACAAAAGGCAUUUCGAGACAGUUUUCUCCUAUAAAUCAGCCCUUAAAGCUGCAGCAGGCGGCUUCUGUUUCUCCCAUCAAUGGAGACAAAAAAACCUUACAUACGCCUGCUCCCCCCUCUGGGUUUUAGAAAGUAAAGUGCAAGACUUUGGCCAAACACGAGUCUUUGCAGAACCAAAACAACAAAAAAAACCCUGAUCAUUGCAACCAAAUCAUGCUAGGAGUGGUGUUUUAAGCAGCUAAGCACAAAUAAUCGUGGCACUGGUGUUGCCUGCUUACAGUAUAUAAGGCUUAGUAUAAAUUAAGAAGUCUGUGUAGGUUCCCAGUCGUCCAGUUCAUGAUGGUCCAGUCACCUUCUGUUCAAGCUCUUAAGACUACAAAUUAAGAUCUAUGCUGGAGACUUUAACCUUGGACAGCGGGGUUUAAACCCAAUAUGAAGGCAAAAGUCGGCAAAGACUUAUUUUUUAUUCUCCGAGAAGAACAGGCCUGCGCUCAUCUGGUGGGUCGGACUUAAAACAAAGAGCCCCUGAUUUUGAGGGGACUGUUCUUUAUUUCUCCCUGCUUCAGCUUUCAUGGUAAAUGUGUCAGUGUGAGUGGAGUCAGCCAAAGAUUGUCUUUUUGCGCUCCGGGGAUCAGCUCUGGAUCUUUAGUUUAAAACAGUAAACUCUGUCUAUUAUUCUCUGAUUUCACAUCCAUUCAUCCAUAUUUUUAUUCUAGACUCUGCUAGAGUAGUUUUACAAAUCAUCCAACCACCUCAGAUCAUCUUCUGUCUGAAAGUAUUAAGUAAGUGAAGUAUUUUCAGUCCCUGACCCCAACCUUGAUGCGAGACUCACACUAGGGAAACCCGUGGUUUGAGAAUGUGGCAUGAAUGCACUUGGAAUCUGUUUCCUUUGAAAUGUUGCUUUAAAGAUGAAGACCAGGUCUGCAACCACUCACAGUCAGUUGCUGUCUUCAAAGCAACGUUAGCGCAUCAAGGUGGCGAUAAGGCGGAGUCAGCCUGCUGUCAGUUUGGGGUUGAGAUUUGUGAUAAGAUGGCAACUAAUUGUAAUAAAUCAGUGAAAAUUGCAAACCUGUUGCUGUCUAUAUAAGCAGAAUUUCAAAUUGACAUUAACUACUUACAUUCAGUGUCCAGCCGGAACCUUAUAGAUUUAGAUUUAAAGCAGAAAUUCCUCCACAAAUAAUGACGUAGUUGCUGCAGGACGGCAAUUUAACUGCAACAUCACAUAGUUGCUCAGCAACCAGGCUUUUAUAAAGGAAUAUAACCAGAAUACAUACAGCUGCAAACCAGAUAGUAAUUCAUCUGCAUUUAUAAAUAAAACUGCACUUAUUUGCAAACCUCCUCCAGUCAGUCUGAGUCAGACUAGGAUUCUUUGCAGGAAGGUUGCCUCCCGUUUUUUGUGCAGUCACCUUGAAAUCAAAUGUAGUUGAUUCGAAGUUGAGGAUGUUGCAUGCGCAACCUCUGGAUGACCAUUUGGUUGCUGCAACUACCUGAAAUCGACAACACCAAAAAAAAGAUGCAAUCGUCUGGCAACCAGUGAGAGGUGUCCAUCCUAUUUAGUAUGACUGAACCAUAAGGCAGGUGGGUGGAGCUUUAAGGCAGGUGUGCCUGAGGUGAAUAACAACUCUCUCUGAUGUCAUACUGGUCCAAGAGUAGAAAAAACCAUCAGAAAUGAGGCUGAUUAGCUGGUUUUUUUUAGGGAUUAUUUCUACAUACUAAUUAUACAUUUGAUUUGUUGGGCUUGGUGUCUGAAACGUUGGCUACUUUAACAGUAUGACAGAAAAAAAACAUAUGAGGUCCACUUUGUCAAAGCGUCCUUGAAUAUUAAACUGUCUACAAUCUAAGAAAGUUUUUUUUCUUUUUUUGUAUUUUAAAGCAGCUCAGAGGGACUCCUGCUAUUAUCAGCAGCACAUCACAGUCACACCAGUUUGGUAAUAUGGAAGUAAAAAGAUUGAAAAUGGAGCCAACGCUGGUGGACUGAUCAGAAGUUUAUUUUUUAUAAUGAAGUUUACUUGUAAUCACUACAAGUUGUGUUGCCUUUGAGUUGUGAGCAGUUCUUAUUACAUGAGUCACUUUAAGUUCCCCACUUGUAAAUAGCAAUGAGGUCUAUACAGAAUUCACCAACUUUUGGUAUAUGGUAUUUUUUGUAAACCAGAUUUAACAUUACUGUACCUCCAUAUGUCACAUUAUAUCAGUACAGAGAUGUGUUCCCAACCAAGUCCGUAACGUCUCCUCUUAAUACCAACAUAAUGUGACGCACUGAGCUGCCCAGUAAAAGCUGCUUUUCUUUUUCUUCUUUCUUCGAUCAGCUGCAGCUGCAGAGAGGAGAAGCAGUCCUUUAAACUUGUCUAUGGAAGCUUGUUUGUGCCACUAUAAAAGAAAAUGCCAUCCAUAUGUCAAUAAAGUAUAACCCUUGCACCCUCGCUUACCAAUAAUUGCUAUAUUGCUAAUUGUUACAUUUUAUUCAUUUGUGGCACCAGGUGUCAAUCUCACAAUUUUGGGUUAUCAUCACAAACCUACUUACUCAAACAUCUAAAAACAAUAGCUCAGAAUAAAAAUAAAAAUAAAAACAGCUUGAAAUUUAGUGUUUCAAGUCAUUUACUUGAUAUCAAGUUUAAAAUUUUUGAUAUAUGGUUAACAAAAAUGUUUUUGUUGGGGUUUUUUUUCCGUGUCACAAACAAGCUUCCAUACGUGCCACAUAUUUCUGACACAAACAUUCUGACUUGCAUUAAACCCAUGUAUAAAUGCAUCCACGUCUGCUUUAAAGGUUAUCAUGAUGUGUCAAAAUUCAUUAAACCAACAGGAAAGUACAAAGAUGUCUUCAGCAGGAUUUCACAGGUGUUGUUGUCCUUUUUACCACAAGAGGGCGACAUUUGCCAAUUCAUUGCAAAUUUUAACAUCCCCACCCAACAUACAUGGUUUUCCCUACAGUCUGUGCACACACUCAGUGCACAGAUAAACAAAAUAGGUUUGGGAAUAGUGCCAAACAACUAGCGACUCGUUGUACAAAGAUAUAUAUUUUUGUUGUCGUUUUUGUAUCCGGUUCUAAUUUCUGGACUGCAAACAGAGAACUUGUGCACUCCGUCCUUCACCCUCAGCAGGUGAAUGUAUCAUUUUUUUCUGUCCCUGUAAAAGAAACGAGGCAUUUCUUUUUCUGUAUUGUUGUAAAAUCCAUCAGUGCUUGUGUGAACCUGCUGUUUGAGAAUGUACCACCUACCUGCAGAGAAUUAAAUGUCAAACUGCC